AUGUUGUCACCUGAAGCACUACAGAAAGUUCAAGUUGAAUUGGAGAAUAUUUCCGAACAUCUUCGUGGCAAUUCAAGAAGAUUUUACAUUAAUAACCGUCGUCACAUUAUCAAAAAUCAUGAAUAUGCAAUCAUAUAUCCUCCAUUUAAACCAGAUUAUCGGCAAGGAGACGCUGACAUUGCAUUACCGUCACCACAACCGCAAUUUUACAACGACAUUUCAACACCACAAUUAGAAACACCUCCACAAACCAUCAAUACCGGAACUCAAGAACGUCUAGUUAUAAUGGCAUCAGAUGAAGAUUCACUGUUAGAAACAGUUUUGUCCUCACGACCACAAGUGGUUCUCUCGUCAACAUUGGGAAGAUUUACAUCCACCUCCGACACAGUCAUACUUCAACAUUCACAACAACCGAUUAUUCACGGUAUCAUAGACAUUGAUAAGACAGAAGACGAACAGCAUAUCGGAUAA